AUGAAAAAUAAGAAAAAAAUAAAAAAUAAAAUAUCAUAUUCAUUAUUGGAAAGAGAAUUAAUGGGAUCAAGAGAAAAUGAAAUAGCACCAGAAGAUUGUGCAUCAUUUUUAUCAAGAAUAACAUAUUCAUGGACACAAAAAAUGUUAAUUUAUGGUUAUUUUAAUACAUUACAAUUAAAAGAUGUACCAGAUUUACCAGAAUCAAUUAAAGUUGAAAAUACAACACCAAUUUUAGAUGAAUUUAAAUUUAAAAAAAAUGAAAAAUUUGGAUUAGUUUGGUUUAUAUAUAAACGAUUUGUAAUGGUUAGACAUAAAACUUCAAUUAUCGUUCAAAUAUUCUCAGCGAUAGUAUCGGUUUUAUCACCAUUAUGUCUUAGAGCAUUCAUUCUGUAUGUUCAAAGAGAACCAAGUGAAAAAUCAUUUUUAGUGGGAUUAUUCUAUGCAGUGUUAGUAUUAAUGGGUGCUUUGUUUUUAUCGAUUUCUCUACAACAUACCUAUUGGUACACAAUGAAAUGUGGUUUGGAGGUAAAGGGUGCAUUAACUUCAAAAAUCUAUUCAAAAACAUUAAAACUUUCAAAUUAUGGUAAAAGGCUAUACAGUUCUGGAACGAUUUUAAAUUUAAUAUCAAGUGAUUGCCAAAAUUUUGCAGACUACUUUUGGAUUGAUUAUUUAAUUUUAUUAGUUGCACCCAUUCAAAUUAUAGCUUUGCUAGCAUUACUUUGUUGGACUAUUGGGUAUAGCGGGUUAGUUGGAUUUUUAAUUAUGAUUUUGUCAUUACCAUUAUCAACUUUCCUAAGUUCAAAAGUCAGUAAAUAUCAGUUACUCUCAUUGAAAUAUUCCGAUAAACGUUGUAAUUUAAUUAGUGAGAUGAUUAAUGGUAUUUAUUUAUUAAAGUUAUAUAAUUGGGAACUAUUCUUUAUAAAUAGAAUUGAAAAACAAAGAAAACAACAAUUAAUUAAUCUUUAUAAAAGAAUGGCAUUUUGGGCAUUAGAUAAAAUGGUAGUACAAAUUUCAAGUGCAUUAGUUUUAGUUUCAUCAUUUACAGUUUAUACAUUAAUUGCAAAUAAAUCGAUUACUUAUGAAGUUGCAUUCACUUCAAUAUCAAUUUUUUCAAAUCUUCGCGAACCAUGUGAAUUACUUCCCCAAGCAAUACAAAGAUUAUUAUCACUUUUACCAUCAUCUGAUAGAAUUUGUAAAUUUUUAUAUGAAACUUCAGAAAUUAUUGAAAAUUUAUCAACAAUAACAACAACUAAUGGUACAAAUCAAGAUAUUUUAAUAACAAAUGGAACUUUUGAUUGGAAUGAUAAUAAUAAAAAUAUUAAUGUUGGUGUUGAUAGCCAAGAAAAUAAAAAUGAUGAUGAUGAUAUGAUUGAAUUAGUUAAUAACGAUAGUAUAGAAACAACAACGUCAUAUGUAUUAGAUGAUAUUAAUUUUAUAGCACCUGCAGGUAAAUUAACAAUUAUAUGUGGUGUUGUCGGAAGUGGUAAAUCAAGUUUAAUUAAUGGAUUAAUUGGUGAAAUUUAUAAAGUAUCAGGUCAAGUAACAAUACCAAAUACAGUUUCAUUUACAAAUCAACAACCAUUUUUAGUGAAUUCAACAUUACGAGAAAAUAUAUUAUUUGGUUUACCAAUGGAUAUGGAUAGAUAUAAAAAAGUAUUAGAAUCAUGUAGUUUAUUAACUGAUUUACAAUCAAUGCCUGGUAAAGAUUUAACUGAAAUUGGUGAAAGAGGUAUUAAUCUUUCAGGUGGUCAAAAACAAAGAAUAAAUUUAGCACGUGCAUUAUAUUCAAAUUCAGAUUGUUAUAUUUUAGAUGAACCAUUAUCAGCUGUUGAUCCACAAGUUGCAACUCAUUUAUUCAAUCAUUGCAUUCAAGGUGAAUUAAUGAAUAAUAAAACACGUAUUUUAGUUACUCAUCAACUUCAAUUCAUACCAUCAGCUGAUCAUAUUGUUGUACUUGAAAAUGGAAUAUUAACUCAAGGAACCUAUCAAGAAUUAAAAGAUAAAUUUGAUUUUGAAUCAAUUAUGAAAACAAAGAAAUUAAAUUUAGAAUUAAAUAAUAGUAAUAAUAAUAAUAAUAAUAAUAAUAAUAAAGAAGAAGAGGAAGAUGUUGAAAAUUUAGAAAAAGAACAACAACAACAAGUUAUAAAUGUUAAUGAUGUUAUUUCAAAUGAAUUUGAAUCAAAAAAUGAUGAAUUAAAUUCAAAAUUAUUAGUAAAUGAAGAAAGAGAAACUGGUUCUGUUGAAUUAAAUAUUUAUAAAAUGUAUAUUAAAUAUGGUUCAUCAUUUAUUUUCUUUUUUACAAUGAUAAUGAUGUAUAUAAUUAGUCAACUUUUGUUUUUAUUAUUUGAUUAUUGGUUAACGAUUUGGAGUGAUGAAAAGAAGAAUAAGAAUGGAACUAAAGGUGAUUCUUUUUACAUUUUAUAUUAUUUGCUAUUGGUUGGUUUAUUUAGUGUAUUUUUAGGAAUUAGGUAUUUUAUGAUAUUACAUUUUACAAAUUCAAGUUCAAAGAAUUUACAUGAUAAGCUUUUGAAAUCAAUUGGAUAUGCAAGUUGUCAAUUUUUUGAUAUUAAUAGUUCUGGUAGAAUUAAUAAUAGGUUCACUAAAGAUAUUGCUGAAGUUGAUUUAAUUUUAAUGGUACUUUCAGAUGCACUUUAUUGUGGUUCAACAGUUUUGGUUGCGGUUUUAAUGAUGAUAGUAAUUAAUCCAUUGAUUGUAUUUCCAUUUUUAUUAUUAGCAUUAUUUUAUUAUUUGGUUCAAAAAUUGUAUAGAUCAUCAUCAUUGGAAUUGAAAAGAUUAGAAAACAUUUCAAGAUCUCCAAUAUUUUCAAUAUUAUCUGAAAGUUUUAAUGGUUUAAUUACAAUUAGAUCAUUUCGACAACAAUCAAGAUUUAUUAAAAGAAUGCAAGAUAGUAUAAAUGUGAAUUUACGUUUAUUUUAUUACAACUUUUCAGCUCAUCGUUGGAUUGGUAUAAAGAUUGAAAUCAUUUCUUCGGCUGCCGUAUUUUUAUCAGCAUUCUUUUCUUUAUUUAAUUCAAACACUGGUUUAUCUGUAUUGGCUGUAACAACAUCACUCUCUUUGACUGGUUAUUUAAAUUGGUGCAUUCGUCAAUAUAUUGAAUUCUCAAUGAAAAUGUCAUCAGUUGAACGUAUUGAAAAUUAUAUUAACCAACCAAGAGAAGGUGAUACAAUGAAUGUUGAUAUGGAAUUAGAGUCUAAUCUACCAAUUAAUUGGCCUCAAAAAGGUGAAAUCCAAUUUAAAAAUGUUGAAAUUAAAUAUCGUCCAAAUUUAAAACCAUCAUUAAAAAACAUUUCAUUCGACAUAAAAUCAAAUGAAAAAAUUGGAAUUGUUGGUAAAUCUGGUAGUGGUAAAAGUACAACAAUGCUAGCACUAUUUAGAAUGAUUGAAUGCUCAAAAGGUUCAAUUCAUAUCGAUGGUAUUGAUAUUUCUAAAAUUAGUUUAUCAAAAUUACGAAACUCUAUUGGUAUAUGUCCUCAAGAACCUUUUAUAUUCUCUGGUACCAUUAGAAAGAAUAUUGACCCAUUUGGAAUCUAUUCAGACUCUGAAAUUUGGUUAGCAUUAGAAAAAGUUAAAUUAAAAGAAACAAUCUCUUUAUUACCAAUGAAAAUUGAUACAAUCAUUCAUGAACAAGCAAAUUUAAGUUUUGGUCAAAAACAACUUCUAUGUUUAACUAGAGUUCUAUUAAAAUCACCAAAAUUAGUAUUCUUUGAUGAACAUUCAAGUAGUAUAGAUUAUUUUACAGCUCAUCAAUUAAAUAUAUCAGUUAAAGAAAAUAUUACAAAUUCUACAACCUUAACAAUUGCUCAUCGUAUUGAUACAAUCAUUGAUUCUGAUCGUAUACUUGUAAUUGAUUCUGGUGAAUUAAUUGAAAUUUUUGAUAAAAAUAAUAUUAAUAAUAAUAUAAAUAAUCAAAAUUCAAAAUUUAAAAAGUUUGUUCAACAUACUUCUGAUCAUUUUAAAAAUUAUUAA